AUGUCGACCGCGGCGGCGUUUCCCCACUACGCGCCGCCACCGCCGGCUGGCGGCUCCAUGUUCCCAGACGACGAGCCGUUGGACGCUCAGAUCCCCCGGGCGCCGAAGGCCGAGGCGACCAAUAAUGGCGGCGGUGCUCUGGUCCUCUCCACGCAGUGCGAGUUCCCGGCGCUCGGGAGGAGCGCGUCGCGGGACAAGUUCUCGGUGCUGGUGCACGCCAGAGCGCCGGCCGACGUGGCGCGCGCGCCUCUCGAUCUCGUCACCGUGCUCGUCGUUAGCGUCAGCAUGGAGGGCGAGAAGCUGGAGCUCCUGAAACAGGCCAUGUGCUUCGUCAUCGACCAACUGGGCCCCGCCUACCGCCUCUCCGCGGUGACCUUCUCGGGCUACGCGGUCCGCCGGAUCCGUCUGUCGCGCAUGACGGACGACGGGAAGGCAUCCGCGAAGCUCACCGUGGUGUCGCUUGUCGUCGAGUGGACGGGCACCAACAUCGGCGAGGGCCUCCGCGUGGGCGCCGAGGUGCUCGUCAGCCGCCGGCAGAAGAACGCCGUCGCCAGCAUGAUCCUUCUCUCCGACGGGGAGGACACGUUCCUCCGCGCCUUGUUACCCAAUGGCGCGAUGAGGUACAUGGACCUCGUGCCGCCGGUGUUCGCGCACCCCGGCAGCCGGCCCGGGCCGAUCCACACGUUGGGGUUCGGCGCCAAGCACGACGCGGCCGCCUUUCACACCAUCGCGGAGGCGACGGGAGGCACCUUCUCGUUCGUCGAGAACCACGCGGCGAUCCAGGACUCGUUCGCGCAGUGCAUCGGCGGCCUCCUCUCGGUCGCCGUGCAGCAGGCGCGCAUCGCCGUCUCGUGCCUGCACCGGGGCGUGCGCGUCCAGGUGGUCAAGUCGGGAAGCUACGGCAACACCGUCGGCGCCGACGGCCGCGCCGCGUCCAUCGACGUCGGCGAGCUCUACGACGACGAGGAGAGGCGGUUCAUGAUGCUCCUGUACGUGCCGAGAGCCCGAUCGACGGAGGAGGUCACCCGCCUGCUCAAGAGGCCGCUGGAGCUGACGUACAUGCCGCCUCCGUCCAUGGCUGUGGAGCGGGAGCGCGUCCGCCUCGCAGCGACCGAAGGCAUCGCCGCCGCACGGGCAGCCGCUGACGGCGGACAGCACUCCGGCGCCGCGCAUAUCCUGGAGUCUAAGGUGAAGGCCGUGGAGCAGUCGGCGCCAGGGGCGGCAGGCGACCCUGCAUUAGAGGCGCUCAAGGAGGAGCUGCGCGACCUCAGCUUAAGCGUCGGGGACCGGAGGAAGUAUGAGCAGACGGGGCGCGCGCUCCUUCUGGCCGGCAUGAGCUCGCACGCGCAGCAGCGCGCCUCGGCGAUGGGGAUGGACGUGCAGUCGACGAGCAAGGCUAGGGCGUACUUGACUCCGAAGAUGGAAGAAAUGGUGGAGAUGUCGCGUGAGAGCAAGAAGAAGCGUGGCAAUGCCAACGGCCAGCAGCCGGACGGCACAUCGAGGCAGACUAAGCAGGUCAAGGUAGAGAUCUUUACAAUAAAGGACUAG